AUGGCUCGUCUCACCUUAGCAGCCCUGGGCCUCCUAGCCGUCAUACAGUCCUCAUUUGCCCAGCGAGGAGCAGGAAACUGUCAAUGGGCCGCCCUUCGAAUGCAAACCGACAUCUACAUCGAAUCCCAAACCUAUGGAGAAGUCGACCCAAUGCUCGUUUCAAACUCGCCUCUGUACCGCGAGAACUACAAGCAGCGCGACAUAAACACCUCAUUUCUCACCACUCCGCUCAAGAUCGACUACACUCGCACUUUCGUCGACCAACGAGAAUGCAAGACGUACUCACAACUGAUUGUCACGGAUCCCAAGAACCCGUACAUCAUCGGCACCCAGAUCACAUACGACAACAUUGGUAGCGCGGGCCUCAAGGCCAAAAUCAUAGACGUUGUUAUCUCACGUCCUUCGACCGAGCCGCAAUUCAAUGCCACAAAGACGCUCGCAUAUGUUGAUGCAGAGGAUUGGUCCGCAAUUGUUGCGGCAAAGCAAGACAGCCGGGACUUGCUCAAGAUCGUGGCCAACUCGUACCUCGACCUGUGGAGCGGCAACGACAACUAUGAACUGCCCUGGGGCACACCGUGCGCCCGGCUGGAGGGAAGCGAGUACUACACCGAGGAGUGUCAACCCGUGAGCUUGAAUGGCAAGGCAAAUACGGACAGGAUGUAUGUGAUUGACGAGGGUUUGGGGGCUGUGAGCGUGUUUAGCAAGGGCGGAAGUGACGGAGCACUGCUAGACAUCCACGAGUUCAGGCUUGUUCAAGGGAAGCUGCGCUAUGUCCAUCACUUCACCGCGAGCGAUGCGGUGUUGGUGGUGUAA